CAACAUAGAAAGAAAAAAUUCACAAAAUUGUAGUGAAAACAGAGCAAACCACCCGUCACGAUUUCCUGAGAGAUAAACCACUCGAUAAUAAUGGCAAACACGGAGGCCGAAGCGGUGGAUUUUGAGCCAGAGGAAGAUGAUUUGAUGGACGAAGACGGUGCCGCCGACGCUGACGCCUCCUCCUCACCUCGUGCUCCACUCCCCAAGUUAAAGUCAGCUAUUACUGGAGGCAGCGCGUCUUCUUCACUCUCCGCUCCUAAAAAGACUAAAGGCCGUGGGUUUAGAGAAGAGGUUGAUGCUGAGAGACAGAGCCGCCUCUCUGGUCGUGGAUUUGAUUCCCUCGGUUCUGAUGGUGGGCCUGGCCCCCAGCGAUCUGUUGAAGGAUGGAUAAUUUUGGUGAGUGGAGUGCAUGAGGAAGCACAAGAUGAUCAUCUGCAAGAAGCUUUCGGUGAAUUUGGGGAAAUAAAAAAUUUGCAUUUGAAUCUUGAUCGCCGCACUGGUUUUGUUAAGGGCUACGCGCUGAUAGAAUAUGAGAAGUUUGAGCAAGCAGAGAAUGCAAUAGCUUCAAUGAAUGGGGGAACAUUGCUCGAACAGAUUAUCUAUGUUGAUUGGGCCUUCAGCAAUGGCCCCAGCAAUUGGGCCUCCAGAAGAAAGAACAUGAGACCUGAACGAACGAAUCGCUCAAGGAGUCCUAGGAGGAGAUAUUAAUGGGUUGUGAUUUCCAUUAUGAAGGUGUAUGAGUUUUCAUUGAGGUGUUUGAUACGUAAUUAUGAUUGAAGAUCGUGGUUGGUUCUUGUCUUCAAUGGGUUUACGAAUUGGUCACAAGUUUUUUCUGUGUUGUUGAAUGGUGCUUGGGCUCUGAUUAACGCUAACUUUUAAGUUUAGUAAUCUGUGUAUUUGGCGCUGAUUUUGUACUAAUCUUUAAGUUUAGUAAUCUGGUUUAUUUGGUCACUUGAGAUAUGUAUUUUUUUUCCGGUACCGAAAGAUUUUGGGAGGCGCAAAAAGUUCAAUGUAGAACUUUUCUCAUGUGAGGCAAUUUUAGUUA